AUGAAGUUUAACUCAUCGACUAUAUCAUUAGUAGUAGUAGUAGCAGUAGCAGUAGCAGUAGCAGUAGCAGUAGCAGUAGAAGUAGGAGUAGCAGUAGCAGUAGCAGUAGCAGUAGCAGUAGCAGUAGCAGUAGCAGUAGCAGUAGCAGUAGCAGUAGCAGUAGCAGUAGCAGUAGCAGUAGCAGUAGCAGUAGCAGUAGCAGUAGCAGUAGCAGUAGCAGUAGCAGUAGCAGUAGCAGUAGCAGUAGCAGUAGCAGUAGCAGUAGCAGUAGCAGUAGCAGUAGCAGUAGCAGUAGCAGUAGCAGUAGCAGUAGCAGUAGCAGUAGCAGUAGCAGUAGUAGGAUUAGUAUUCUUUGCGGACUUAUCAUAUUCUAUAAAUACCGGGUUUAUGCUGUCCUUUCCAUCUUUACUGAACGCUGCCAUUUUGUCUCCAAUAACCACUGACAUCAGAGCUACCAAUGAUCAGGCUUCUUCGAUUGCUGGAAGUCAAGGCCUUUCUGGAGUUAUUGGAUUCUGUCUUCUUCCGUUCCUAUUACAAUCAAUGGGCAGAAAAGUCGUUAAUAUAGGAAUUAAUGCACUUGUUGGAAUAGGAUUUCUAGUUUUUGUGUUAGCUAGAAAUAUUGCAGCUUUAUAUGCGGCUAGAAUGAUACAAGGACUAUCAAUUUGUGGAGUAUAUGUCACUAUAAUAACGUUAGCAGAAUACUGCAAUGCAAAGCGGCGAGGUUACUUCAUAACAUUGAAGAAGGGUUCAGUUGCUAUUGGCUCAUUGAUGUGCCACUCCAUGGGCCUAUUCUGGACCUGGAGACAAGUUGCUGCUUUUGCUAUUAUUCCCAAUAUCAUAGCAAUAUUUAUGACAUUUUUUUGGCCUGAGAGUCCUUCCUUUUUAGCUAUGAAGGGAAGGUAUUCUGAAUGUGAAAAAUCUUACAAAUGGUUACACGGUGAAGGUCCAGAAAUCAAAAAAGAUUUUGAGGCUAUUAUAUCUGCACAAAUGGAACGGCGGACACAAGAAAAAAAUAAAAUGCCCUUAAAAACAAAGUUUUUGAAAGUAUUUCGAAAAGAUUAUUUAAUACCAUUUGUGGUUGUAAACUUGUUAACAUUAAUUAUAGAUUGCUGUGGAAGAUACUAUACUUUGGCUUAUAUUGUUCAAAUUAUAAUAGAUAUAACUGGUGACGCAUCUAUUGCCACAUAUUGUACUAUAGGGUCUGAUUUGCUUACAGUAGUAGCUUUAGCAUGUUCCUGUUUCAUCGUUUCUACUUUUAAACGGCGCCAAAAUCUGUUUACCUUUGGAGCAAUAUCAGUAAUUUUAAUGUUUUUGACAAGUAUAGUGACAUAUUUGCGAACAGAAUGCAAUAUAAGUGUUAAUGUAUGGUUGGCUCCAAUUAUAAUUUUAACUAAUAUAUUUAUUGUUAAUGCUGGGGUCAUACCAACUUGUUUUGCUAUCGUCAGCGAGAUAUUCCCAAUAGAACAUAAGGGAUCUGGACUUUGUACGACAGGUAUAGUUUUUACAUUAUUGUAUGCUGGUGUUAUGAAAUUCACUCCCAUGUUAAUGGAGCAUACCGGGGUCCAUGGUACUUUUGCGAUUUACGCUACACUGAAUCUCGUUAGUUUUGUGAUAUUAUAUUUUAUUUUGAUUGAAACAAAGGAUAGGACUCUUCAAGAAAUUGAAGAUGAACUAAAAGGUAUCAAGAAACGUGAUGGUAUUAAUCCCAGCCAUAAUGACCAACUCUUGAAAAAUUCAGAAAAUAUUUAA